AUGUCACCAGCUAAGACCUCAAACUCAGCCGAUACCCCCAUCCCAUCCAUUGAGUCAGACUCUUGGGUCCGAGACUCAUCAGAAGAGACAGAAUCUUCGAUCGGGCGCUUGAGGACUCCGUCUGUAUCCAUAUCCCCUCCGCCCCAUGCCUCAUCAAAUGGGGCUCGUUCAGAGAGCCUUGGGCUGGAAUCACAGAUGCAAACCAUGCGGCUCGCAAGUAAAGACAAGAGGGGCCUCAGCGCUGGCUUUACAGACCUCCUUCACGCCGUAGAUGCCGUCGAGCGUGAGCCUAGCCAGCGCGUUACAACAACCCCAGCUCCACAGCGGGAUGCUGGCACGCCUCGACGAGCCAGACGCCGUUCUGGGCGAUCGCCAUCUGCAUCCUAUAGUACACGCCACAAUGUCCAUGACGAACCUGUUCCCGAGGAUAUCUUCCAUUCGCCAGCCUUCCAGCAGGCUUUACGUGAUGCAAAGAGACUCACGGCUGACCUCAAGGCUGUGCUUGAUGAUGCGCCAUUGCUUCACGAUCAUGAAUCGACAAUUGCCAAGCUUCACGAAGAGGCUGUCAAACUAUCGUCGUUUGAAUACCCCACCAGUCGAAGGAUUGGCUUUGUUGGUGAUUCCGGCGUCGGGAAAAGCAGCUUGUUAAACUCCCUUCUUGAUUAUAAAGACCUCGCUAGAGCUAGCAAUAGCGGGGAGGCUUGCACAUGUGUUGUGACCGAAUAUCAUUAUCACCAACAUGACCACAUGGAUGUCAAGGUGGAGUUAUUCACCACCCAAGAGCUUAAUGAGCAGCUAGAGCGAAUGCUCGAGGACUUCCGUCACUAUUCCUUCCACGCCGACGAAAUGGAAACGGCCGAGGAAAAGAAAGCGGCAAAGGACAGGGCUAAUGUUGCCAAAGAUACUUUCAAAGCAAUGUUCCGAGGCCGGAUGAACAACGACUCUUUUCUCCUUCAAGGGUCUCAACGUGAGGUACUGCAAACAUUAGUCUGCUGGGCUGAGGAGCAGAGGCCCUCGCAGGCAGUGACAUCCCAGCAGAACCUUAGCCUCGAGCAAUGCUCGGAUUCAUUGUUUGUCCUGUCUUCAGAACGGUUAUCUCGAAGCGGACCCGCUAUCUGGCCGUUCAUUAAGACGAUAAAGGUCUUCUUAAAUGCUCAUGCCCUCAGGCAAGGGCUAGUUCUUGUCGACCUCCCAGGGCUGCGUGAUUUGAACUCGGCACGGAGAUGCAUCACUGAGCGAUAUAUCCUUGAAUGCAAUGAAAUAUUUGUGAUUUGCAACAUCGGCCGCGCUGUGACCGACGAGGGAGUUCUUCACGUGUUCAACCUCGCCCAGCGGGCGCGACUACGGAAUGUAGGCAUUGUAUGCACUCGUUCUGAGGAUAUCGUCCCAAGUGAAGCCUUGAGAGACUGGGAUGGCGCACGGCAAGCGCGUAUCAAAUCUCUCAUAGCUGCCAUUGACACAGAUACACAUGAGCAUAGGGAAUUGAAGGCAGAGAUUGCGGAUUUGGAUAGGCUUGAGGAUGAAGACGAGCUUUCUGAGGUUGACAGAGAAGAGAGAAGCUUAUUGGAGAGGAGUAAACGACAACUUGAACUCACCCAGUUCCUGGUCACGACGCGCAAUGAGUUUGUGACCAACAAGCUCUACCAGAAGUAUAACAACCGAGUAGAUGGGAUCCUCCGAGUCUUCUGUGUUAGCAACAAACACUACAACGAUAAGAGGAACGAACCAAAGGACCGCUCACUUCCCUACCUCAAGUUGAGCGGCAUCAUCGACCUACGAAAGCAUUGUAUCUCAAUUGUAGCACAAGCCCAACGACGCGUUGUCGUGCAGUUCAUCAAUGACAUGAUCCCAGCACUGCUUUCCAAGAUCCAGCUCUGGGUCCAGUCGGGGGCUAGGACGGCAGAUCAAGAACGUCGUAUUGCUACGAUUGCAGCAUUGGACAAUAUUGAACGCGAGCUGAGGAGAAAUUUGCGAAGUCAUAGUCGCCCGGGACAGAUAAUGCAGCGGGAUUUCAAUACCUUAGUAUUCGGAAGACUCCAGUUGUUGAGCUGGACCCAGUUUGCUGCAGACACAAGCCUUGACAGAAAUGGAGUAAGCUCAUAUCGUGCCUUUGUUAGCAACUUUGGUAAUCAUUCCACACCAAAGGCAGGAACUCACGAUUGGAACUCAGAGGCCAUGGACCAAAUGGUAGAAGACCUGAGGACACCGUGGGAGUCACUGACUUCAACGCUAUAUGAGCGCCAGUCCGAACUUACUCGAGCUAUCGAAACGACAACCGAGACCAUUAAUGAUGGCCUAGAAACUGAAUUAGAUGCCAACGAUGAGAGCACAAGCGUACUACUUGAAGCCCUAGAAGCCCAGACACGGCUUCUUCAAAGAUCGAUGGAUGCCUGCUUUGAAACGCUUGCUGAUAAGUUUCUAUUGCUACACACUGAUACCUUCUCUGGGAUCCGAACUUCAUCAUUUGGAAAGGAGAUGGAAUCGACAUAUCGACUGUGCAAUCAAGAAUACGGCACCGGGAGCGACCAACGGCGGAAGAGGAUUAUGAACACAGGUUUUUCUAAGCAAGUUCUUUUCAGGAAUGUGAUGAAAGCUUCCAAGGAAGCAUUCGAAGGCAUUACGGAUGAUUUGCAGAGUGAAUGGACAAAUGCACAGAAUGACUAUCUCAAACUGGUGGAGGAUAUCUUGGACCUCGUCAGGUCAGAGAGGGCUGUCCGGGAGAGCGAGCACGAUCCAGGCUUCAGAGACCGCGUCGAUGAUACCAUUAGGCGAGGCAAUGACGAUAUUAGGCGGAUACAAGACGCAGUUCGCGAGUGA